AUUAAUAUUUAUGGCAAAAGAGGUUGAAAUUCAAGUGACUUUCAACGAAGGAGUCGGCCAGUCUAUAAAUUCACGACUGUUGAGGGGCUGCAUCGAAUACCUUCUGUACCAACGGCAACAACUUCCGAUACCUUACCACGAGCUAAUAAAAUUGGUAGAAGAUCAAGAAAAGUCGUGCGAUGGCUUAGAAGCAGGCGUAUUGGCCCGGCGAUCCUUUAAUACUGAAUACAAGAAAGCUAAGAAAGUGUAUGAAGACGUGGAAUGCUUGUUUGAUCACAUAAACAAGCUGUUCCUGUCGACAAAAGUCAAUGCUGCCAUGGUUCUGCUCGGGUCAACCCCGGUCAGUCCAAAAGAACAUUACUUUGUUGAUUUUCAAAACGUUAAUGAAGGUAAAACUGUGGACAGUUCACCAAGAGUAUGCAAUUCAGCUUGUCGAAAACUGAUACGGAGCUUGAUUUCGAAUCAAGAACUUGGUUCUUUCAAGGAGAUUUCUCCUACUUCCAUGUUGGUUUUCAUUCAGGUUAGCAGAUCGUCCGAUAUUGAGUGGUUUCAACCAAAGCCGACUUUCAAGCCACCUCACCGAGGUCAAUCCUGUAAAAUAAACGUUAGGACUACCAGCUACAACGAACAACCGGCUGCCAGUGAGGGCGAACCCCCUGAACAUAGCAUCGAUGAGUGGUUAUGGUUUCAGGCUCCAGUUAUUAUCAGGGGGUACAGGCACAGAACCGGUGUCGGUCCCUAGUAUAAAAUAAUGUAGGAUUUUAUUUUAAACAAUAUGCUCAUUUUGGGAAUCUUUUCAGACAGCCAUUAGAUGCUUUUAUAAUUGAGGAUCUAAGCACCUUUCCCAAAGUAGCACUGGUGCAAAAUGCAUGAUAUGAUUGACAGUUAAACUGGCACAAAAGUUUAAUUGCUUUUGACCUUCUAGCUCUCCCAUAAUCUGAGAGCCUCCCAGAUUCUGACUGAUUCCUGUUUUUUUUUUUUUAAAUCCUUGGAAAUCUCCCAAAAUGGGUAGUGCUGAAGCACCCAUAGUCUGCAAAAAAAAACAGUAAUACUACUACAAGUCAAAUUUGAUUUCCCUAGUUCCCUACACAUUGGUAUUAGUAAUUGGACCGUGUGGAGGACAAUUCAUUGAGUAAUUACGGAUGAGCGUGACGUGCAAGGCCGAUUUUACAUUAUGGGCACAAUUACUCCCUGAAUUGUAAGACACAAGGUCCAAUUACUAAUUAACCAUAUCUAUUGCAAAUUUUGGACUUAAAAUGCUUUUUGAGAACUUUUUUUGAGCGAAAACGUCUGUAGCACUUUUCAUGAGUUUUGAAAUCUGUAGGAAACAUUGCAAAGGAAGCCAUUGAAGCGUGUGUAAUUGAUGUGCAAAUAACAUGUACCUGUAAUAAUUAUUGGACACCCAUGUAAUUGCAUGCCGAUUAUGUGACAAAUAGGUGCACAGAGAACUAGUCACCAUCAAGAAUUUUGUUAUAGAUACCAUUAGACAAAAAAUUUUCCCUAUUUUCCUUUCUGUGCCAAGGAUUCGAAGAAGCAAAAAAAAGUGAGGGGAAAAUUGCCAUUUCAGUACAGAAGAGCUGCUCAUACUCUCCUGAUACAUAGCUCUAUGAAUUUGCCCAUGUUUUUCAGUUUGGUUCAGAUGGACAGAGCACCAGUUUAGGGUUAUACCAUAUUUUAGGGGAUGGGCAAACCAGUUGCAUACUUUACACUUAAUUCAUGCAUCUAUUCCACCCACUUUGCAUAGUGUGUGAACCUGAAAUUAGGUAAUGUUGAAAGAAAUGUGUAGAAAAAAGACUGAAUGCUUUGUGGAUCUCUAUCCAUGUCUGUCAAAUUUGAUCAGUAAAAUAUUUUGUUGGUUAGAUCUUUAAUAUCUACAGACUAUACUUAUUUCAGAUCAGUCUAUGUAAUUUUCAGUAGUACCCUGCAAAACUUGAAGAUAACCAGCAGUAAUAAUUAUUUCAACCCACUUUUGCCCAAGUCCUCAUUAACAGCUUGUCUUUUCCAUAUGUGAUAAUGUUCUUAAUUUUUAUUGUAGUCCCUUUUUGAGUCUGAUUAUUUUGUGGUAGUAUGCCAAUGUACAGCAAUUAGGACAAUUUUCAAUCCUGAUACAGUUCACCAUUGAUGAAAUGAAUCUUACUUCCAUAAGUCAAUUGUUACUGGAAGUUUAUUCCAUAUAUUUGUCAAGCCUGCUGUUUUUAAUGCUCUUUAACUUCAAUAUAAAAAGAAAUUUUAAAUGUACCAGUUUAUUGAUUGUCAAUUCAGUUAAGGUGAAAUCUGUGACAGGUUUAUGAACAAUCUUCAGUUACUGAUACUGAACUGAUAAAUGAAACACUUAUGGUGCCUGCGAACAGGCUCCCAGCUGGGUUUAAUGCAAGCUAGCCGAGUGCAGUUUUUGUGAUCUGGGACGUGCAGGGCGAACUGAGAGCGGUCUGGUGAUGAGAGAGCUAAACAGCUUGCUUCGCUCGCCGAAUAUUUUUUCCACCCUUGCUGGGAACCUGUUUGCAGGCUACACUUAUGGCUGCCUGCUGCCUGGCCAGUCAUUACAUUGAGUUCCAUUUACAUUGCCUGUCUCCACCCAGGUGUAUAAAUAUGGUUACCAUAAAAUUUAACGCUGGGGGGUAAAGCUGUAAAUGACUAGCAUCCCAUCCAGGUAAUACUACGCAAGCUCCACUUGACCCGAUGCAUACCGCUGAGUUGAAACUCAGUCAUGUUAAGGGGAGCCUCUUGAUAUCGCACUGUCAGAAACACACUUUCCAGGGAUGAAUACAAUACAGUAAACAGCUGCAUAUAAGAACACACGAUUUCAGAGGUCAGGCUGAUUGAGUUCUUAUUUAUCGGGUGCUUAGUGACAAAUCAGGCUCAAAAUGUUCUUAAAAUGUUCUUAAAUUUUUAUUUAGUAAUACUGUCCAAAACAUGUUUAGGCUGAUCUUGUUCUUAGAAAAAUGGGGCUUUAUUGGCCAAAUUUCAGCCUGGUGUUCUUAAUCCAUUUGUUCUUAUGUGUAGGUGUUUACUGUAGCUCAAGAUGGUCCAGUCCAUUGAAUUUUCACGUGAACUACAUGUACUUCUACGGAUACUUGGUCCAGUAAAGUGAUUUGACAGUUUUCUAGAAAAUGUAAUUAUGUCAGUACCUGUUAUGGAACCACACCCCAUUACUGUUUUCUGGCACUUUUUGCUUUACUUAUCCUCUGGCCAGAAACUUGGGGUGUGUUUCUUUCACAUGACACAUGAUCAGCAUUGCAAUCAAUGAUCUCAGACCAGCUGGUGGGUGCAUCAAGGCAACCAAAGAAUUUACUCUGUUCAAGGAUUUUUUGGUUCCUUUAAUGCACCAUGAUAUGCGUGAUUUGGUUUAUUUAUCCACCCUUGGUGUUGCACAGGUCCAGCACAUGGUCUAGGAAAUGUUGCAGAGUCGACACAUUGAGUGAACGAUCUAAUGGUAUUUAUUUAUUUAUAGAUCUUGCAUGCUGCAAAAUGUUUGUUUUACAUUAUCAGUCUUCAGUCUUAACUUCAAGACAAAUGUUUUAAAAACAAAAAAAGAAACCUUCUCAAAUGUUUUGUUGUAAAUGCAAAUUUACAACAAAAGAUGCAUGAUGCAAAGGAGAGAAAGAUAUCAAGCAAAUUUUAAAAGCAGAAAAUAAGACCAGGGACAUCCAAUCACUCCAUGUAGUAGACUUGGUUAUCAAAGGGGGGGGGGGUUAUGAUCCAUAUUUGGGAGAUUCAAGGAUUAUGUACGAGUAAAGGUAAGCAUUAUGAUUCACACAUUUAUUUCUUCAUCCAUAAUCACACUAUUUCUGCAGCUCUACAUUAAGGAUCAUCUGUGAUCCUUAAAUUCAGUACUACUACUACCUGAAUAUAAACUGACAUUAUCCUAUAACAAAUCUCUGGUAAUUUUUUAAUUAUUUAAUAAAAGUUUUUUAUCACUGUGAUGUAAAAGCCUGUGACCACUGAGUGU